UCCUAUCUGCCUUUCUGCCAGUAUCCCAGUUGUCAUGGAGCCAGCCUCAAGGGAGUGGGCCUAUGGUGUCUGCUGGGAAAGGAGAGGUGGCUGUGCUGGGCUGUUCUGGAGCCUUUACCGCCAACAGCCUCCCUUCCCCCACAGGCAGGGGGACAAGAUGGUAGAGUGGAAAGUCUAGAUGGAAGUGCCUGCCACUAAUAAAGGCACUGGGCAAGUCAAAUAACUUUUCUAUCCCUCAGUUUCAUCCUCUACAAAAUAGGCAUGAGUUCCUACCCCGCCUAUUGUUAUUGAAUGGACCAAAUGAGAUGGUUACUGUGAAAGUCCUUUAUGAACCUGAAGCUGAUGUCUGCAGGGUGAUUGUCAUUAUGGAUACAAGCUCUGUGUCAUCUCCUCUCCCAGUGCCCCCAUACCCAGGAUCAGAGAUCUUCCUGACCAUUGGAACCCCAGUGGAUGAAGAAGAUGCUACAGUCAACAAGAUUGUGUUUGAGCUGUGCACUUUUACCCUGGCAGUCGCCCUGGGUGCUGUCCUGCUCCUGCCCUUUUCUAUCCUCAGCAACGAGGUGCUCCUCUCACUGCCUCGGAACUACUACAUCCAGUGGCUCAACGGCUCCCUCAUCCAUGGCCUCUGGAACCUCGUUUUUCUCUUCUCCAACCUGUCCCUCAUCUUCCUCAUGCCCUUUGCAUACUUCUUCACUGAGUCUGAGGGCUUUGCUGGCUCCAGAAAGGGUGUCCUGGGCCGGGUCUACGAGACGGUGGUGAUGUUGGUGCUUCUCACCCUGCUUGUGCUGGGCAUGGUGUGGGUGGCAUCAGCCAUCGUGGACAACAAGGCCAGCAGGGAGUCACUCUAUGACUUCUGGGAGUACUACCUCCCCUACCUCUACUCCUGCAUCUCCUUCCUUGGGGUUCUUCUGCUCCUGGUGUGUACUCCAUUAGGUCUUGCCCGCAUGUUCUCGGUCACUGGGAAGCUGCUGGUCAAGCCCCGGCUGCUGGAAGACCUGGAAGAGCAACUGUACUGCUCAGCCUUUGAGGAGGCGGCUCUGACCCGCAGGAUCUGCAACCCCACCUCCUGCUGGCUGCCGUUGGACAUGGAGCUGCUGCAUAGACAAGUCCUGGCUCUGCAGACACAGAGAGUCCUGCUGGAGAAACGGCGGAAGGCUUCAGCCUGGCAGCGGAACCUGGGCUACCCCCUGGCCAUGCUGUGUUUGCUGGUGCUGACGGGUCUGUCUGUGCUCAUCGUGGCCAUCCACAUCCUGGAGCUGCUCAUUGAUGAGGCUGCCAUGCCCCGGGGCAUGCAGGGUGCCUCCCUGGGUCAGGUCUCCUUCUCCAAGCUGGGCUCCUUUGGUGCCGUCAUCCAGGUUGUACUCAUCUUUUACCUGAUGGUGUCUUCAGUUGUGGGCUUCUACAGCUCUCCACUCUUCCGUGGCCUGCGGCCGAGAUGGCAUGACACAGCCAUGACUCAGAUAAUUGGGAACUGUGUCUGUCUCCUGGUCCUAAGCUCAGCACUUCCUGUGUUCUCUCGAACCCUGGGGCUCACUCGCUUUGACCUGCUGGGUGACUUUGGACGCUUCAACUGGCUGGGCAAUUUCUACAUCGUGUUCCUCUACAAUGUGGCCUUUGCAGGCCUCACCACACUCUGUCUGGUAAAGACCUUCACCGCAGCUGUGCGAGCAGAGCUGAUUCAGGCCUUUGGACUGGACAGACUGCUGCUGCCUGUCUCCGGUUUCCCCCGGGCAUCUAGGAAGACCCAGCACCAAUGACUUCCAGCUAGGGGUGGGAGGGAGAAAAUUGGACACUAUCAUCUGCUGCCCAGGCCUGGAAGGGAGUCCUGGGGUUGGGUGGACCUCAGGAUCUGGAAUCUAAGAGGGUGGGUGGCAGAGGGCAGUUGAGCCAUCUUGCACUGUUGCAUAAUCUGAGCCAGAGUUUGGGACCAGCCCCCACCCUCACCCCCUGCUUUCUCAGACUUAACUGUAGCAUGGGGUAGAGCUGGGUGAUUGGGUUCUGGUUCCAAAUCUAUUCACAUGUCAAUCUGCCUCACUGCUGUUCCGGGUUAUGCCCGUAGCCAUGUUUACAUGAUUUGAUGUGCAAUAGGGUAGGACAAUGUCAGGGGAGGGCCAGGGCUGGGGGCAGACAGGGGAGGCAGCUGUCUCCCUUGCCUCUGGCCCAGCAGAGCCUAAGCACUGUGUAUCCUGGAAGGGGCUUUGGAUCACUGGAAAGGCCAAGGGCAUAGGGAGGAGGAGGCCAAAUCCAUCAGCAAUAAAGUUGAUCCCAGGGUUUGCUUUGAUUUUUUUAAA